AUGGCGUCCAGCUAUGCCCACGCCAUGGAGAGGCAGGCCCUGCUGCCCGCCCGCCUCGACGGUCCCGCCGGCCUGGACAAUUUACAAGCCAAGAAGAACUUCUCCGUGAGUCACCUGCUGGACCUGGAGGAGGCGGGUGACAUGGUGGCCGCCCAGGCGGAGGAAGGUGGCGGCGAGCCCGGCCGGAGCUUGUUGGAGUCCCCCGGGCUGACCAGCGGCAGCGACACCCCGCAGCAGGACAAUGAUCAGCUGAACUCAGAAGAGAAGAAGAAAAGAAAGCAGAGGAGGAACAGGACUACCUUCAACAGCAGCCAGCUGCAGGCACUAGAGAGGGUCUUUGAGAGGACACACUACCCCGAUGCCUUCGUACGGGAAGACCUUGCACGCAGAGUCAACCUCACUGAAGCCAGAGUUCAGGUGUGGUUCCAGAACCGGAGAGCCAAGUUCCGCCGGAACGAGAGGGCCAUGCUGGCCAGCAAGAACGCCUCUCUGCUCAAAUCCUACUCAGGGGACGUGACAGCUGUGGAGCAGCCCAUAGUACCCCGCCCCGCCCCGAGACCCAGUGACUAUCUGUCCUGGGGGACAGCCUCGCCCUACAGUGCCAUGGCCACCUACUCUGCCACGUGUACCAAUGCCAGCCCAGCACAGGGCAUGAACAUGGCCAACAGUAUUGCCAACCUGAGACUGAAGGCAAAGGAAUAUAGUUUACAGAGGAAUCAGGUGCCCACAGUCAAUUAACAGCUGGGGGCCUUGCAGAAGGAGAAAACACAACAGCACCCGUCCUGCUUCGCAACUUGUCUGUGCUGGAAGAAAAUAAAAAAGAAAGGGGAAAAAAAAAAGCAUAAAAAGUAAAGAAAAAAAAAAAAAAAGAAAAAAAAAAAGCCAACCCUCACCCAGAACUGAACACAGGGAGCAAACCAAACCUGUGAGUGAUAAGGUUCCUCCUUCCUUUUGGGAUAAUGCCACCGUUUUGUUUUUGUUUGUUUUUUUUUUUCUUGUUAUCGUCGGGUUUAUUGCUUCUGCUCAAUAUACUACGAGCUUCUUCAGUAAAGGACAGUCUCACCCCGCUGGUUUCCAUUUUUGUACGGGACUGCAAAAAGAAACCCCUGCCAAUCUCAGCCCACGGACAAGUGCCACCACCAGCAUGCUGAGAUGCAAAGCUUGCUCAUCACCCCGCUGCCCCAGCUCACCCUAGAAGAAUUUGUUUGCUCACCAAUUUCCAUGAUAUCCACCCAGCCCUCAUCCCUCCAGUCCCUUGUGCCACAGAGGCAGCACAUUCCUAUCAGUCUGCCAGAAGCCCAUUAAUGCAACAAGAUGGAUUCCUGCUGGCUGAGUUGCCUGGAAAACCUCCCUGGGCUCUGCAGAGCUCCAUUGU